AUGAUUUUAACAACUUUCGCCAUCUUAUUGUUCUUUCUGGACUCGGUGGUCACCUUGAAGGGCGACGGCGGCGCAGCCUCCCGGAGCGCGCGCCUGGACUGCGUGCGGGCCAGCGAGCAGUGUCUGAAGGAGUACUCCUGCAGCACCAAGUACCGGACGAUGAGGCAGUGUGUGGCGGGCAGGGAGAGCAACUUCAGCGCGGUGUCCGGUCUGGAGGCGCAGGGCGAGUGCCGCAGCGCCAUAGACGCCAUGAAGCAGAGCCCCCUGAACAACUGCAGGUGCAGGAGAGGCAUGAAGAAGGAGAAGAACUGCCUCCGGAUCUUCUGGAGCAUAUUUCAGAGCCUACAGGGUAACGAUUUGCUGGAAUAUUCUCCCUAUGAACCAGUCAACAGCCGCCUGUCAGACAUCUUCCGCCUGGCGCCCAUCAUCGCCGCCGAGCCGGCAUCCACGAAGGAGAACAACUGCCUGAACGCUGCCAAAGCCUGCAACCUGAACGACACGUGUAAGAAGUACCGCUCGGCGUACAUCAACCCCUGCACCAGCCGGGUGUCUGCCUCCGAGGCGUGCAACAAGCGCAAGUGCCACAAAGCCCUGCGACAGUUCUUUGACAAGGUUCCAGCUAAAUACAGCUAUGGGAUGCUGUACUGCUCCUGUCCAGCAGGGGACCAGACGGCCUGCGAGGAACGCAGACGACAAACCAUCGUGCCCGUCUGCUCCUACGAGGACAAAGACAAACCCAACUGUCUGUCGCUGCAGAGCUCCUGCAAGACCAACUACAUCUGCAGGUCAAGGCUGGCAGACUUCAUCAGUAACUGUCAGCCAGAAGCUCGCUCCAUCUCCGGCUGUCUGAGGGAGAACUACGCUGAUUGUCUGCUGUCGUAUUCAGGACUCAUCGGUACGGUGAUGACGCCCAAUUACGUGAGAUCUCUGGGAAUCAGCCUCUCGCCGUGGUGCGACUGCAGCAAAAGCGGGAACGGCAAACCGGACUGUGAUAAAUUCUCAGAGGUUUUCACCAAGAACAGAUGCCUGCGUAAUGCCAUCCAGGCUUUUGGUAACGGUACUGAUGUCGGAGUUUGGCAACCCCAGCCCCCCAUCCGGCCCACGGCAGCAGAUCCGAGCAUCAGCCGGAGAGCUAAGGAGCGAACCGCUGGCGCUCUGGACGCAGACCUGACCAAACCACAUCUCGACAGGGACUCGUUAUAUCACAUCUGUGGAACCUUACAGGCCCAGAAGCUGGUGUCCAAUCAAACGGUGGAUGCUGAGCAGUGUGUGAACCAUCAACUGGACGAGUCCAGCGACUCCAACGCCGUCGCCAGAAGUUCCCCGGCCGAGCUGGGCUGCCUGCACACCUCCAGUCUGCUCCUGGCUCUGGCCUUUGCCUUCACACCUCUAGUGCUAGAAGGAAGAGGAUUCUACCUUUUGUAG